AUUGUUCUACAUGACAAUAGGCCAGCCGUGCCGGUAUCACAUGUUUCUUGAAGGCUAUAAAAACUGAUCUGAGGUCUUUUUCCUGUGGUCAGAGGCCAUUAUUAGGGGGGUAUCCCUCACAGGCAGGAUCACACACAGUUGGUCUGGUUACUUCUGCAAUGAUGAUCAUAGCCUCGAACUGCUCACUGGAUUUUAGCUGUUACAUUUGAAUAAGGUGAAGCUGAUGAAAUACAUCUGUAAACAGCUGCAGUGCAAGCAGAAAGUGCCAGAGACAGAGAGGCCCGAGGCCUUGGACAGCUAUCCACAUUUAAAAGACUGGCUACGCACCAUCAACCUGCGACCAGAGCUCAUCGAGGCAGUAGCAGCAAAGUUAUCCCUGGAUGCCUUACUGCAGAUGACAGGUGCUCAGGUGAGGGACACAAUGCGAAGACUAGGUUCCAGUUCAGAGGAAUGUGCCAGGCUCAGUGCUGCCCUCUCCUGUCUGAAGAGUGCAACUGAAUCAGGAGGGGAAAUGAGGGACGAUGGCAAUGCGUGGUUGUCCGAGCCCACAAGGAGGGACAGUGGCUCUCUGCUGACUGCAGAGCAGCUAUCAAACCUGGGGACUCCUCUCCGCGCUCACAGCCCCUCACCUCUUGCCCGCCCAUCCACCAUCCACUCCACCCCAUCCACUCCGUGUGCCACCUUUCCUCAUCCCCGCUCAGGCUCCAUGUCGGCGGCCCCAACGCCUGACGCACUGGCGUCACACAUCCACAGCGAAAGCCCGCUCACAGAUCCGUUCCCGAUGUCCUUCGCUCGCACAGCCCGGCUUCACGGACACACCUCCACCCCACCCAUAACCCCGCCUUCAAAGAGGCGUCACAGACUGAAGCCCCCCUGCACCCCUCCGCCUCCAUCCCGCAAAGUGCUGCAUCUACUGCCCAACAUCACCCUGACGCGCAGCAAAAGCCACGAGUCCCAGCUGGGCAACCGCAUCGAAGACCCUCCCACUAACAAGUGUGUAAAGAAGAAUAAGUUGCUCCUGAAUAUGCAAGUCAAUGGGAACGGGUGUGAGGACUCGCCUUCUCGAUACUCGGCCAUACCUGCACGCACCCCUGGCAAUACCCCAGCGGCCACCCCGUCAUCAUACACCCUGCCUGGCACGCCCACCCUGAUGGAGGAGCAUAGCAGCAUCAAGAAUAAUGUAGCAGUGCAUCGCAGCUCCCCACAAGCAGUGAGGAGGGACAUUGGCCUUGCAGUCACACACAGGUUCUCAACAAAGUCCUGGCUGUCACAGACAUGCCAGGUGUGCCAGAAGAACAUGAUGUUUGGGGUUAAGUGCAAACACUGUCGGUUAAAGUGCCACAACAAAUGCACAAAGGAAGCCCCAUCCUGCAGAAUCUCCUUUCUACCAAUCGCCAAAAUUCGAAGGACUGAGUCUGUUCCAUCAGAUAUAAACAACCCUGUGGACCGGCCGCAAGAGGCACCACAGUUUGGCACACUACCAAAGGCCAUUACGAAAAAGGAUCAUCCUCCAGUGAUGAACCAACUUGACUCUAGCAGCAAUCCGUCCUCCACCACCUCGUCCACACCUUCCUCCCCAGCACCCUUCCAGCAGAGCAACCCACCCAGCGCCACGCCACCACCCAACCCCUCGCCCAAAGGCCAUCGAGACAGCCGCUUCAACUUUCCAGAUGUCUCGAGUCCUGCUCAUUUACACCCUGAUAUCCUGCAAGAUACUGUCAAUGAGACGGAGCAUUUGGCAGAUGACAUACACGCCGAGCUGGUAGAAGACGAGGAUGAGGAGGAGGGAGAGGAGGAAAUUGACGUUGAAGACGAAGACCCUGAAGCAGAGGAUGACAAUGAAGAAGAAGAUGAGGACAACGAAGAUGAAGGAGAUGAAGAGGAUGAUGAAGAGGAUAUAAGAAUGAACGUUGGCUCGGAUGGUGAGCUGGACGGAGAUGAGCUGGAUGAUCUGCCCAGCUCUCGGGGAAACCAGUGGAAGGGCCCCAUCUCCCGCAAGGCCAGCCAGACCAGUGUGUACCUGCAGGAGUGGGACAUCCCCUUUGAGCAGCUGGACCUCGGAGAACUGAUUGGAAAGGGACGCUGGGGCAAAGUGCAUAAGGGCCGGUGGCACGGGGAGGUCGCUAUCAGGCUGCUUGAAAUCGAUGGGAACAAUCAGGAUCACCUGAAGCUCUUUAAAAAGGAGGUGAUGAACUACAGACAGACCAGGCAUGAGAAUGUGGUCCUCUUCAUGGGGGCCUGCAUGGCUCCACCGCACCUCGCCAUCAUCACCAGCUUCUGUAAAGGGAGGACGCUGUAUUCAGUGGUUAGAGACACUAAGAACACUUUGGACAUUAAUAAGACAAGACAAAUUGCUCAGGAGAUUGUAAAGGGAAUGGGCUACCUGCAUGCCAAAGGCAUCGUUCACAAAGACUUGAAGUCCAAGAACGUUUUCCAUGACACCAAUAAAGUGGUGAUUACAGACUUCGGGCUGUUUGGGAUCUCUGGAGUUGUUCAAGAAGGGAGGCGUGAGAACAAACUAAAACUUCCACAUGGCUGGAUCUGCUAUCUGGCACCAGAGAUUGUGCGCAGGAUGAGCCCAGGUAACAAUGAGGACCGCCUUCCCUUUUCAACUUCAGCAGAUGUUUACGCAUUCGGCACCAUUUGGUAUGAACUCCAAGCUAGAGACUGGCCGAUUACCAACCAGCAUGUGGAAGCGACCAUCUGGCAGGUGGGGAGUGGAGAGGGCAUAAAGAAGGUCUUGGCGGAGAUCAGCCUCGGCAAGGAGGUCACGGAGAUCCUGACUGCCUGCUGGGCGUAUGACCUGAGAGAGAGGCCCACCUUCACCCAGCUGGCAGACAUGCUGGAGAAGCUGCCCAAACUCAACCGCAGGCUGUCCCACCCCGGACAUUUCUGGAAGUCUGCAGAGUAGGUAUCCAUGGAGGAAGGACAAUGUGAAGACACUGGAUGUGUGAAAACAAACAAAGAAAAGACUUUAACUCUUUAUCUUCAGGGUCUUUGUGGUACUUUGGUUUGUCAGUAAUCAGACCGAGGUAUAACUUUGGAUUUAAGAUAAAUAGGUCUGAAGUUUUUCAUCAUUUCUUUUCAUCAUCAAACAUGACCCAAAUACAUUCUGUCACCAUAGUCAUUCCCAGUUCUGCAUAACUUUUUCUUUAAUGAAAAGUGAACUGUGUUUUUUUUUCUUUUUAACGUGUAAAUGUGAAUGUGUUACGUUUUAUUUAUUUAUUCCACACUAAAGCUAACAUCACAUAACUGAACUUUUCACAGACAUCAGUAUCACAGACUUUCACACAUCAUGGUUGGGUAGUUAGUUUGCUGCUUCAGAUCCACACAAGUAUCAAGUUUGUGUCCCCAAGCAUACGUACGCGAAACAACAGCAAUUUAAGGGAAAAUAAUAGGUGGGAAAGAAUCGUAUAAUCACAAAGUGAAAUAAUUUAUUUGUACUGAAGACAUUGCUAAAUAUUGAGAUUAAGUUUGUAGAGUCAUUGAGAGCUUACAUUUUAGUUUACAUGCUGACAUUUCCAUCACUGUGUGGUAACUGCGCAAAAAUUGAUUUCAUCCUCUCUUCACCUGGAGCAGUUUUCCACUCCUUCCUGCUACAAGCCAUCUCCACUCACAACUUCAUUCUCACACCACGUUUUCUGCUUCUCUUUCUGCUUCCUGCUCAUGAUUUGCUUUUCACAGACUUUUGCGAUCUCAAGCAACUAUUUUAUUUUUCAACUUAAACCCAGUGGUAAAGAUCUCAGCGCCAAGUUCCAUAUAUUUUAUUGAUUCUACUGUACAUUAAAUGUAGAAUCUGUACUCAGGGGUUUGGAAUUUUAAACACAGGAAGUGUUCUGGUUUCUGUUUGGUCAAGUUUACUUAGACCACAAAUGUAGUACAAUCUUGAUUCAGGAGGAUUUGGUGUAUGCAGGAAAAACUAAAUACUGAAAAAAUAUUUUGAACUAUUUUUUUUAUUUUAUUUUUUAACUUUGAAAUGGUUCAAUUUGACAUAACAGGAGCGUUAAAAGAUUUCUCCUCACCUUGAUAUAGAUCUGACAAAGUUUGCAUCUUUACAAUGGUUUUGUUAUUUUAGCUUACCUCAGAGCUGUAAAUUGUGGGGUACAUCACAAGAAAAAUAGGUUUCUCUUUUGGGUUUGUACGUUGGAAAUAAGCUAGAGUAAAGCAUCUGUGACUCUUCUGUUGAAGUGAGACCUACUCGUAGUUGAAACAGAUGAACAGGCCUUUUCCUGGAGAAUGAAUUGGACUGAAAAAUGACAGGUUUUACUUUGCAGAUGUUAGCAUAGCACAGAAAAGGAUGAUAGAUGAUUACGAAUGGUUAUAGAGAGUUAUUCCUAUAAAACAAAAUAAGGAGAAGGAUGCAAAUAUGUAUACUUCAAAGUAAAUGAAAUGAGUCAAAGAGAUCUUAGUAAAAUAGAGUGAUAAAAUGAAUCAUGAAAUAGCUUGUCUGCACUCAAGCUGACCUGUCUCUAUGCAGUGUGUGGCCUCUAACUGAUCUAUGUUUGUAAUAUCUUGCUGCUUUCUCCACUAUAAAGCUGUUCUACUUUCACUAACCGUCUAACAUUUGUGUUUUCCUUUUGCUCUCUUCCCUCUUUUCUUUGUCUCUUUUUCUAAUCUAGGUUGUAGCAGUCACUCUGAAUCAUAAGCAAUGCAAAACAAAGCCUGGGUCUGCCUUGCAUGCUCCUGUAUCCUUAACUCUUACAGGAUUGAUCAAAGCAUUGCCUCUGCCUGCAACAGACACUGCUUCAACUAAUCACCAGUCUGAUCUUCCAUGUCUAACUGUUGCGUGUUUCUUGUUGGAAAGAGAGAGGAAGAAUCGGAGGAGUGAGGCUUUCCCACCUUUAAUAUCUCUUUGCCUUCCUUUUUUUGGUUUUGUUCUGUGAUGUGUGUGGGACUCUGAGGCUUGUGGAGAGACUGCCUGCUCACCUUCUCUGUGCUGCUGUGAUGUAGCUGUUCACGCCAGUGCGCGAACCACACGGCUCCUUUUUCUCUCUGAAACACACACACACAUGCACACACAGAAACAUGCACACAUGCACUGCUGGACAUAAAAUAGACUCCCCCUUUUCAAAUGGACCACUUCAUUUAUCCGUGUUUCCCCCUGAGGGGCUGACACACGUUUGACAGGCUGCUUGAGUGAUGUUCUCAAACCAACUGCCUCUGUGCUCCUCUCUCUCUUUCUCUCUCUCCCUCCUUCUGUUUUAAUGUGUGUGAGAUGACAUGUGCGUACCAGCCCAUGUCUAGACACAAUAUGCACUUUUCCAUCUUUU